AUGGCAGCCGGUCUGUUGUCAAACCCCUACGCCGGGCAGGCCAGCCUCUCGCAGCACGUUUCCCACGUCUCGCAAUAUGCCACAUACCCCAGCCAGCAGAUGCAGCAACAGCAGCAGCAGCAGCAGCAACAACAACAACAACAACAACAACAACAGCCACAUGGCCCUCCCUCGCCCCCCAUGGACGACAACAAGUGCUCGCUGCCCUCAAUCUCCAACCUGCUGGACCUGGCCGACCAGGGUUCGCCCACCUCCGAGACGUCUCCCCAGUCCCAGCAGAUGCAGCAGCAGUCUUCACAACAACAUCUGCAGCAGCAGGUCCUGCAGCAGGAGUUCUCUUUCAAUGGUGAGCAUUUUCCUGGGCUCGCCCCGUUGCCUGUUUCUGUUACGAGCAGCCAUCUAACUGUUUUGCCAGCCUCCUCUCGGCCAAGCACCCGGCCCAAUUCAUCCCACUACUCUAGCAACCCCAUGAGCCUGCGGGGCGGCGUUCUGCCGCCCACGCCACCCAUGAUGUCCGAGGCCAGCUUCGGCACCGGCUACGACUCUCCCUCGACCAAGUCCGUCAACCAGCUGCCGCACUCCGUGGCCGCCGCUGCCAUUGCCGCUGCCGCCGCCACAAACAACUACUACUUUGAGGCAACACCACCGCCGCAGCAGCCCUACAACCACGAGUCUGCAACGUCUGAGCCGCGGCACGCCUCGCAACCGCCCAGCUCCCACCCGCAACAGUACCAGUCGCCGUCCCAGUCGCAGGCGCAGGCGCAACAAUCACAACAACCCCAGAUCCACCACCAGCCGCAGCCGCAGCGCAGCAUCUCGAUGCACGCGACGACGACCUACGGUGCUCCCGCCUACCCCACCCAGGCUUCUUACUUGAGCCAAACGCCCGCCGCCGCCGCCAUCUACUACCCGGCCAUGCAGCAGCCAACACCGCCGCCACAGCAGUCGGUCCAGGCACCACAGGCACAGCAUCUUUCGGGCCUCUACUACCAGCGUCCUCUGCCGCAGGUUGGCGCCAGCACAUUUCCGCCGAUGCACCACGCACACCACCACCCGCACCACCAGCCUUCGCCGUGGCAGCACCACCACUAUAUCUCCCCCUCGGCCGCCGCCGCCUUCCCGCAGUCGCAGGACCGCUACAUCUGCCCGACGUGCAACAAGGCCUUCUCUCGCCCAAGCUCCCUGCGGAUCCACAGCCACUCGCACACCGGCGAGAAGCCCUUCAAGUGCCCACACCAGGGCUGCGGCAAGGCCUUUAGUGUGCGCAGCAAUAUGAAGCGUCACGAGCGCGGCUGCCACAACUUUGACAGUGGAAACUAA